AUGUCUGUCACAAUUUCGACUACCAUCAACGGCUCUGUACCUCUUCCAGAGCCCAAUACCGCGUUACCUCCUGAUGCCGAUACUCUCCCCAUUAUCGACGUCUCAUCAUAUAUCCCAAACCACCCGAACAACACUCCCGAGGCACGCCAACAGACUGCAAAGGCUUUGCAUGCAGCCUGCCGCGACUUUGGUUUCUUCUAUCUCAAUAUCGCAAGUCUGAUCGAGGAAGCUCAGACAAACGAACUUGCGGAACUUGGUCACCAGUUUUUCAGGCUUAAGCAGGAGGUAAAAGAUGCUCUGCAUAUCCAAAAUCAGGAUCUAGCAAGGGGGUAUCAGAGACUGGGAGAAAACAUAACCCAAGGAAAGACAGACAUGCACGAAGGCCUCGAUUUUUAUGCUCCGGUAGCCAAACCAGACAAGACCAAACCCCUCUGGGGAGAGAACCAAUGGCCAACUGACGAAGACCUUCCUGGCUUCAGAAGCGCGUACGAAAAGUGGAUUGUUCAGAUGAAAGAGCUAGGUUUUGUAGUAAUGGAAGCUAUGGCGGAUGGUUUGGGGAUGACCGGAGAAGAGUGGCUGGACUUGAGGGCAAAGAUCGACGAUAGUUUCUGGGUGAUGAGAGUUAUUGGCUACCCACCACUCAAAGACGAGGCCGAUGGUAUAUCCUGCGGCGCGCAUAAAGACUACGGGUGUCUAACCCUCCUCUUCGCGGAUCCUACUCCUAGGGCACUUCAAGUUUUCCGCCAUGCAGCAAAGACCGAAAAUCUUGAGGAAGCAGGCCCAGGCGAGUGGAUCAAUGCAGAUCCUAUCCCUGGUUGCGUAGUGUGUAACAUCGGUGAGAUGUGGGAAAUCUGGACGAACGGCCUGUACAAGAGCACAAUUCACAGAGUAGUUCAUCGAGGCACUAAUUUCCGCGUUUCAGUUCCGUUCUUUUUCGAACCCAACUUCGACGCACUUGUGGAACCUCUUCCUGCAGCACUUCGUCUACCAGAGGUUCAAGGCAAAGCAGAAGAACGAUAUCAAUCAGUGGUUUAUGGUGAAUUCCUUUACAAGAAGGUCUCGAAUAACUUCUCCCUUGGGAAAGGGCGAUACGACUAG